GCAGUGAUUUGGACUUAGUGGGCACUGCUGUGGUCUGAGUGUGCGAAUCUUCCUGAAUGCAUACUUUGAAAUCUAAUCACCACCGUGAUAAUUAGGAGGUGGGGCCUUUGGGAGGCGAUGGUUCCAGUGGACAGAGCCCUUGUGAAUGGAAUUAGUGCCCUUAUAGAAGCAACUCUGGAGAGCUGCUCUGCCACCGGAGGAAGGACACAGUUAGAUGGUAUCUGUGAGCCAGAUUCAGAAUCUGCUGGCAUCUGGAUCUUGGACUUCCAGCCCUCAGAACUCUUUAAGAAAAAGUAGAAGUCACUUCUGACCGUGUCAAACAGCAAAGAUUAAGUGACUUCCUUCACUAUCAGUCAUGGCGCUACCAUUCCGGAAGGAUUUAGAGAAGUACAAGGACCUUGAUGAAGACGAGCUCCUUGGGAAUCUGUCAGAAAUAGAACUGAAACAACUGGAAACUGUUCUGGAUGACCUUGACCCUGAGAAUGCCCUUCUGCCUGCAGGGUUCCGGCAGAAGAACCAGACGUCAAAGUCAGCCACGGGGCCAUUUGAUAGAGAACAUCUCCUUUCAUAUCUGGAGAAGGAAGCAUUGGAGCAUAAGGACAGGGAAGAUUAUGUGCCCUACACUGGAGAGAAAAAAGGGAAAAUAUUUAUCCCCAAACAGAAACCUGUACAGACUUUUACAGAAGAAAAAGUAUCUCUUGAUCCAGAAUUGGAAGAAGCUUUGACGAGUGCUUCUGACACAGAAUUGUGUGAUCUCGCAGCUAUCCUUGGUAUGCACAAUUUGAUAACGAAUACACAGUUCUGUAACAUAGUGGGAAGUAGUAAUGGUGUGGACCAAGAACAUUUUUCAAAUGUAGUGAAAGGUGAAAAGAUCGUUCCCAUAUUUGAUGAGCCACCGAAUCCAACCAACGUUGAAGAGAGUUUAAAGAGAAUUAAGGAAAAUGAUGCUCGUCUUGUUGAAGUUAAUUUGAAUAAUAUAAAGAAUAUCCCAAUUCCAACCCUAAAAGAUUUUGCAAAGGCUUUGGAGACCAACACCCAUGUGAAAUAUUUCAGUUUUGCAGCCACCCGGAGCAAUGACCCCGUUGCUGUUGCUUUUGCAGACAUGCUAAAAGUGAACAAAACUUUAAAGAGCUUAAAUAUGGAGUCCAACUUUAUUACAGGAACUGGAAUUCUAGCAGUGAUUGAUGCUUUAAGAGAUAAUGAGACCCUGGCAGAGCUCAAGGUUGAUAAUCAGAGGCAGCAGUUGGGGACAGCUGUAGAAUUGGAAAUGGCCAACAUGCUCGAGGAAAAUACAAAUAUCCUUAAAUUUGGAUAUCAGUUUACACAGCAGGGACCCCGAACCAGAGCAGCUAAUGCUAUAACAAAAAACAAUGACUUAGUGCGCAAGAGAAGAGUUGAAGGGGACCACCAGUAAGUCCGUCAAGCCGUCACCUUUGGAAGACUUCAGAAGGUCACCACAGGGUCACGCUGGUGACAUCAGGUGUAAAAUUUUCCUGGGAAGAAGGGAAGAGACUGGAAAUCUUUUUUCUUUUGUUUUGUCUUGUUUAAACUACAUCUUUUUCUAGUUUGUUGUUAUCCGUUUCACAUUGUAAAAUUGGUAGUAGGUGAUGUUUUAUAAUUUGAAGUAUUUCUACUUUCUGCUAAAAUCAAUUUAAUUUAGCUUAGUUGAAUGAUUUAUAGUGAUAUAUAGUGAGAAAAAAACACAGUUGUAAAAGAAGUUUCAGAAACCAUUUAUAUAGAAUACUUUUUAACAUUCUGAGGUUUUGUUUUGUUUUCUUUUUUGCCAUAGGGCAUCUGUGUUCACCAUCGAGAGAGACAGAGAGGGAAAGUGAGAAGUCACCCCCUGGGGGAAUGGCACACUGCCGUCCCUACUUCCCCAGAUUCCUCCAGGGAGUUUGGGAAUGCAUGUACACACGCCUCGGAUGCUUUUUAAGCCACCAAGUCUGGGACCCGAACUGUGGUUGGCCAUGUGGGAAUCCAGCACCUUAACCACAGUGCCACCUGCUGGCCCCAAGGGCUGAUGUUUUUAAAUCAAAAAGGGACACUGCUGACAUCAAAAUUGUCAUUGCUCCUUUUAGGUAUAAGUCACUUCAAAGUUUUCUUUAUCCUAUGGCCUGGAGACUGACUUUUUCUUUUCUUCUUCUUUUUUUUUUUUUGUAUUGCAAGAACUUGGCAAGGGCAUGUUUUUCUUUAUCAAGAGGACAAAAUGCCAGAAUUUUAAAACAGAUGACUCAAACUCUGGCGAUCUGUUUAGGAGCACAAACAGAUAUCCGGGAGAGAGCAUGGUCUUCGCCACAUUCCUGGUUACUGCACUUCUCCCACAUGGCUCAGCAACACCUAAGGGUUUCUUUAUUUUUUUUUUAUUUUAUUUGUUUGUUGUUGUUUGAAAUAGUCAUCAGCUUUGCCAGGUUACAUACUUUGUUUAAAAGUGGUGUUAUGUCUAAAUUGAUUACAGUUUGAAUGAUGUGGGCAUUAUUAAACUUUUGUGAAAGCUGAUUGUAAAAAAGUAUGUGGAAAGCAAACCUGUUUCCUUCCCCAUAAAAAGGUAUACAGCCAACUCUCGGUCAUUUAGGGUAAAAGAAAAAAGAAAGCUGAUAACACAUGAAAUCAAAGGAAGUGGAUACGACAGAGCUCGAGGGUCAGGCGCCUGCCGAGCGGUCACUUACACUGCCAGUUACUGAGGGGAGUGCGGAGCGGCGUGCGUGUGAAUUACGUGGGUUCCUGUGCAGUGCGGGGCUGCCCAGCGGUGUUCAGUCACCACUCGGCGUUUCCUAGCCAGCGAGGAGAGCUGCCGUUCUUCACGUACUGCCCACGUUGUGUAGAUCCCUCUCUGUAACAAAAGCGAUCCUCAUCCCUCCGAGUAUUAAAGUGAGCAGUUGAGCCGUGUGCCCUGCAGGAGAACAGUGUGAGGCUGUGGAACAGUCCCUGCCACUUGCCCUUGGAGCAGGAGGUGGCAGAGGUGUCUACACCUACAGAAGACAGGGAGGAAGGGAAUCCGGCUAACCCUGGCCUCAAAAACCCGUGCCUGCGGGUCACUUAUAGGGAGAUUUUUCUGAAGGGAACAAUUUCAUUUCUAAUUACAUCAAAGGUGUUUUUGUGUGUGUGUUUGUUUUUGGUUUUUUUAAACUUUUUGAAAUUGAUGGUUUAAUGAAUUAGGCAGUUUCUAGUGUAUUAUGGUAAUAUGCCUUCUUAACAGGCUACAGCCUCCUUAAGAACUCUGGUGUGUGUGUGCGUGUUUUAAAUCAGUAUCCAAUGUUUAAAAGGGGCCAUAAAGAAACUUUGCACUAUUCUCUUUUGGCUAAAGGCCACUGAUCCCCCCUCCAAAAGUAUCAAGGCUUGCUCGCUAGCUUUCAGGCCUGCGCAGACAUGCCUUCCCUUCCUCCCUUUCUCCGUUUCCUUUCCCUGUCUCUUCCCCUCCCUCCUUCCCUCCUUCUCCCUUCUUUUUCUUUUCAUAUACAACUUUUUGAUGGAACUUCACUUUACAGAGACUACACCCUCCCAACAAGGCUGGGAGUCAGGCAUGGCGCAGGUGCCUAAGGUACCAGAAAUAAUUGGUCAGUUAACUUUCGGACAGGCUCCCUGGCCACACUGUCCUGUAAGUCCACAGAUCACUGCUCCCCUUCUCCCCAUAAGUUGCUUGUUCUUUGGUUUUUAUUCAAUAUAGGUUAAGUGUGACUCUACCUAGGAUUUUGUAUCAUACUUAUGGGCGUCUUCUUCACUUAUUUAUCAAAGUAUAAAGUAGUUGAGUAUUUUGCUUAUACCAUUUCAGUUCUGUGCUAUAAUAGUGAACUGUUAUUGAAUAAAAGAUUCUUUCAUGUUACUUUAAAUAUGAACGGUUAGCCAACGGAACAUAGAAAAUCCUUCAAGAAUUGUAAUGAAAAGGGAGAAAAAUGGUGUUUACUUUGAUCUUUAAAAAUAUGGCACCUCUUAACCUGUUAGUUCAUUAUUUCCAAAUCCCUCUAAAAUUUUAUAACAGAUAAAUGGAUUAAGAUUUUUAAAUGCUAAUUUUUAAGCCAAAGAUUUUUUAAGACCUUAAGAUUUAUAGUCUACUCGAUUUAAAUUUGGUUAUCUAAAAACAUUAUUUGCAUUUUUUAAAAACACCUGUUUUUUAAAUGCUUAUAUAAAUUACUCAUUUUGUAAAAUUUUAUAUCCAUAUUUGUCUAAAUCUAAUGUCUACAUAAAUUUGUAUGUAAAAAAAUCAGUAUUAGCACUAAUAUUAAUGCUAUUAAAAUGGAUUUGGUGCUGUGUACGUGUAGCUACAGCCUAGCCGAAGCCUAAACAAGAGGUGAAACACAUUUUCUAAGGGUGCCUUUCAUUUAAAUGACAAAAUGAACAUUUUGUGUUAAAAUAAAUUAGCAAAUUGUUAGAGAUUUCAAGGAGAGUUCUCUUGGUUAUUAAAAUUGCAAAUUCUUGUUUGAAUGAAAUAACCCACAUUUGCUUUGUACAAGAGGUGCGCUCUGGAAAAGUUACAUGUAAAUAGAACUUUGUCAUUGUUUUCCAAUUGCCCGAGUAACUUAAGUGUUUUCAUUUAGAACAGGGGGAUUCCAUUAUGUAAUAAAAAUGCUAAAUUAAAAACUACACUUUGAUAAAAA